GUUUCCCCACCCGUGUUGUUGCGUGUAGCGACGGGAGGUUGUGACGUCGAGUGUUUUCUGGCUCUGUGUGAAUUUUUCUCAUUUCGAGACUCGACCGGACCCCUGCUGGACUCCCACAGGACGCCGAGCGACGGCAGUGAAAGAGAUAUGGGCUUUUACAGCCGCGGUGUGUGUGAGUAAAUAAGACGCGGACAUGGCGAGAGGGAAGACUGUAGGCUAAUGUUACUGACUGAACUGUCAGCGCGUCCUCGCACUGUGCUAUCCAGCAGAGAAGUUAGUCACACAAGCACUUUAUCGCAAACCGGAGGCGGUUUCAGGGCUCGGCAGACUGUUAUACAGUACAGAGGUGGAGAAAAAACACGCCUUGUUUUGCGUCGUGACUCAUCUGGUAGAGGAAUACCCGAGCCGAGAGGGAGAGAGAGAGGGAGGGAGCUCCGAGUGGCUGCUCUGCUCCUGUGAGAGAUGAAGAAGAUGAGCUAGCUGCUGCAUGGCGGAGCUAAGAGGGCCUUCACGGCCUCACUGUUUCCCUCUGUGGAUUUCCUACAGCUAGCCGACAGGCGGUGGCCAUCCAGCUAAGUCGCCCUGCUAGCUCAGCUCCGCGGUUUUCCUGCCGGACGGACGGACGGACGGACUCUCCACUCCAGCAGGGAGAAAGAAAGACACUCAGGCGCCAUGGCGUGGGUGCUGAAAAUGGACGACGCCACGAUCGAGUCAGGACUCGUCCACGAUUUUGAUGCCAGUCUGUCCGGAAUCGGGCAGGAGCUCGGGGCUGGAGCCUACAGCAUGAGUGAUGUGCUGGCUCUGCCCAUCUUUAAGCAGGAGGACGGGAACUCCUCAGUUGAGUCUGAGAGUAAGAAUCCCCCGUUUCAGUAUGUGCUGUGUGCUGCUACCUCCCCAGCUGUUAAACUGCAGGAGGAGACUCUCACCUACCUAAACCAAGGCCAGUCUUACGAGAUCCGUCUGCUAGAUAACAGGAAGAGGGGGGAAAUGCCAGAACUCAACAACAAGUCUGUGAAGAGUAUAGUGAGAGUUGUGUUUCAUGAUCGGAGGCUGCAGUACAUGGAGCAUCAACAGCUGGAAGGCUGGAAGUGGAAUCGCCCUGGCGACCGUCUUCUUGACAUUGAUAUCCCCAUGUGUGUGGGUAUUACUGAGCCCCACACCCACGGCUCCCAGCUCAAUGCUGCUGAGUUUCUGUGGGAUGUUUCCAAACGUGCAUCUGUAUUUGUACAGGUGCACUGCAUAAGCACAGAGUUCACACCGAGGAAGCACGGUGGAGAGAAGGGAGUACCGUUCCGCAUCCAGCUCGACACGUUCAAACAGAAUGAGAACGGAGAGUACUUAGAGCACCUGCACUCUGCCAGCUGCCAGAUCAAAGUAUUUAAGCCGAAGGGAGCAGACCGGAAGCAAAAGACUGACAGAGAGAAGAUGGAAAAAAGGAGUGCACAGGAGAAAGAGAAAUAUCAGCCUUCCUAUGAUACUACUAUUCUGUCAGAGACUCGUCUGGAGCCAGUAAUAGAAGAGGCUGUGGAGCACGAGCUAAAGAAGUCAAGUAAACGCACGCUCCCUGCAGACUGUGGAGACUCAACAGCCAAAAGCAAGAGAGGCAGUUGUUCUCCUUGGCCUGAUAAUGCUUACGUGAACCCAAACACAGCAGCUCCCCCAACCUUCACCUCCAACACGCACUCCUACAGUAACGCCGUUCCCGAGAGUGAAUCAUCUUCACCCAAGCACCAAGGAGAUGUUAGCCAGGUCUUCAUGGAGUCUUUAAGCCCAACAGCUUCUGUACAGGACGUGCAACAGUGGCUUCUUAAGAACAGGUUCAACUCCUAUAGCCGGGUUUUUACUCAUUUCUCAGGUUCUGAUCUACUGAAACUGACUCGUGAAGAUUUGGUACAGAUCUGUGGGCCAGCUGAUGGGAUCCGCCUCUAUAACGCACUAAAAUCAAAGGCAGUUCGACCUCGGCUGACUGUGUACGUGUGUCAGGAGUGUGAGAGUCCCCUGCUGGAGAGACGCUGCCACAGUAAGAACGGAGAACACGGCAGUCCCACAGCCAUAAACGUUUACCAUGCGCUUUACCUCGAAGAGCUGACCGCUCAUGAGCUGACCAGAAAAAUAUCCAACGUGUUGAGCCUGCCACUAACCCUCAUUAAUCAAGUGUACAGGCAGGGGCCUACAGGAAUACACAUACUGCUCAGUGACCAGAUGGUGUCGAACUUCUCUGAUGAGAGUUGCUUCGUUGUCAGUUUGUUAAAAGAUGACACCAGUGACAGAUUCCAUCUGGUUCUGAAGUAGAGGCAUAUCGAAGAUGAAGCACUGACGUCACUGAUGUUCCUCACUGCCGUUCCUGAGCACUGAACAUGCUCCCUCCAUCCUUCUCUUUCUCCCUCCCUCUGUCUCUCUCUCCAUAUCUGCUGUAUGAGAGAUGGAGCAGAGGUUGGUCAAGGCCGCCUACCUGUUAGAAUCUGACUUCAGUGAAUACAUUGUUUCAUAUUGAAAACACUUUAACUGAUGAAAUUUUUAGCGUGUGAACAGGUGGGACAGCGCUGAAGCAUGUGUGUGUUUUAAAGAUAUAGCGGGAGAAAUGGAAGGAUGGAUUUUUUUUAUUUCAUUUUUUUUAAACGGAGCAGGGUUUUAUGCACAGUCCUGAAUGACGGGACAGUCAUGAACUUGGUCACGAAGCUGCCCUCAAUUAAUGGUUUGGUGAUCACGCCAUCUCCACUUGAAUAGUUUACCGUGUGUAACAGUGGCUGUGCUUGUUUGAUUGCCUAAUGUACAUGUCUGUUGAAAAAGGACUGCACUUUUUUUUAUUAUACUUUUCUAUUGUGUUCUUGUUUGCUUUUGUUUUGUUUCUAUUUUGUUUUUGUUUUUUUCUUGACACCUUUGUGUCUGCACAGAUGAAGUGAUUCCUGUGUGUAUGAUCACCUGUAGCUUGUUGUGAGUUAUAGAGCUUAGGCAGUGUUUUCAUGCAUAAAUCUUCUUUACAUAAAGUAAAUUAUGAAUCUGAAUCUGUUUGUCUGCUUCUACCGCGACCAAUCAUCUCUUGGUGCCAAAAUACUCGACUGUGUUUACUCAACUCUGGAAGACAGUUUCAGAUGACUGGUGGCGUUCGGUUUGUACUUUUUUUUUUAGUUGACCAGCGACAUUUUAAAUUAAUUGUAAUUCUUUGCUCUAGUUAUGAUUUGUUAGAAAUUACAUGUAUAUUGUCAUUUAAUGCCCCCUUUCCCCCCCUCCCCUUAUUUGAGACUGAUGUGGUUGGUUGGCUUAACAGCUCUGCAUUGGGAAGCUUUGGCAUGUACUGUGCAUUUUUUUUUUUUAAACCACUAAGCAUGGAGGGCAGGAAUGUUGCCCUCUUUUAAUUCUAAGGUAAAUGACCAAGUCUGCACUGACGUGAACAUACAGGAGCUCCACUCUGCUGUAUAUGCUGGUGUUCAACGCUGUUCAGAGUAAAGGUGUAGGCCGUACGUACCUGUAUGUCACUCUCCUCAGAAGGCAGUGAAUAAAAUGUGGUGAUGACUCGGCACUCUCAUCCUCUGUGGAUUGUAUGGACCGUCCUGUGUGUUUCCAUGAGAACAGUUAUGGUACUUCCAUAUCACUGUGUCUUUUAAGGAAGCCUGUCAUGUAUUGUAAGAUGCUGGGAUGUACACACUUCAUGCCUGUACCAGAAAUAAAAUAAUUUUAAUAUAUCA